AUGACCGUCGACAACACUAUAGUGGAAUCCUCAAGCACCAACGCCCAAACACUGACAGAAUUAUCAAAUGUAACCUCAAAAUAUUACCAGAAAAAUCUAAUAAAUUAUUUAAGAGAGUGUUUAAAUUCAUUGAGUGAUGCAAUAGAAAAUUAUUCGAUAUUUAGAGAUACCAGAACAAAAGAAUUUCGAAAAGAAAUUGAAAGAGUAAGAAAUAAAUUAAAGUCUAAUAGAGAGGUAGAAGGUUCCUCUGAUAGAAACGAUUUGUUGGAUUUAAAUGUUUGUCUUAUCGGUAACACUGGGUCUGGAAAAUCUUCGCUUAUAAAUGCGUUGCUUAAUCAUCAAGUGAUGCCAACGGCUGGAUCCGGCGAAGCAUGUACAUCGUUCCUUUGGAGGAUAUCAAAUAAUUCAGAAUUUACGGCUAAAAUUUUUUAUAAAAGGUUUGAAGAAUAUCAAAGUGAAGUCAAACAAGCAUUCGAAUUAUUGAGUGAAGAGGAAGAUAUUGAUUCUCAAAGUUUAUCAAAAAAGAAUGAAUCUGAAAAAUUGCUUGAAACUCUGUUCGGUCCAGGGAUGUCAUACGUAGUUACCGAUGAUAAUAAUAAGGAAAUCGUAUUUGGACCAAAUAAGAUAACCAAAGAAAUGGCGAUGGCGGAUAAUUCAAUACGAGAACUACUUAAAAAUCCAAUUCAUGAAACAACACCAAAACGUGACGUCAAAGAACUAAUAAAAACAUUAAAAAAGUUUCUUCCACCGAAAGAAGGACAUGGUAAAAGUUCAUCGUCCGCAUCUAGGAGUAACUAUAGUAACGGUUCUAGUAGUGUACCGCAUUGGCCUUUUAUUAAAGAGAUUCACAUUCAAGGACCUUUUGAAGUAUUGAGGAAUGGUGUAGUAUUGAUCGAUGUACCUGGUAAUUGUGACAUUAAUGAAAAUAGAAGUCAAACCGCUAAAAGUGUUUUAGAUAUUACGGAUCAUAUUUGGAUCAUCAGUAACAUUAACAGAGCCAUCAGUGAAGAAAGUACUGCAAAUAUUCUUAGCGAAAGUCUUCGUGAUCAGCUUAAAAUGACUGGAAAAUAUUUAUCUCGAACCUUUAUUUGUACUCAUUCUGACAUUAUAACUCUUGACGAUUCUGAUGACGAAAUCGACGAAAGAUCAAAUGAGUUAAAUGUCGAGCGAGAAAAGUUAGAAGAUGACGUACAAUUAAUCAAGGAAGAGAUUGAAGAGCUAAAGGAAGAAGAAGAUACAAAUUUUGCUUUAACGAGAGAAAAAAUUAACAAAUUAGAAAAAGAAUUAGAAGAAAAAGAUCAUCGAUUGACAAAAAUUCAAAAUGAUUUGGCGCAUAUAUCAAGACAAUCGGCCGUUUCCGCCGUUAAAUGUCGGAAUGAAAAAAUUAAACAACAUAUCCUUAAAUUUGAACUACAAUCUCAACAAUUUAUGAAAGAUUGUACGAAUACUUGCGAUUUGCAAGUUUUCACCGUUAGCUCAGCAGAAUACAUGAAACUUAAUCGUACUAUGCGUGAUGAUGGAAGAGGAAGAAUCUUAAAUGAAGAAGAUACAGAGAUACCAAACCUCAUAAAUCAUCUAAAAAAAAUUAGUAAAAUCAAUAUUUCAAAUAAGAUUAAUAAUAUAAUCAAAAAUAUCAAGUCAUUAAUCGAAUCAAUGUUAAGAUAUACGAAUGAUAAUAUUUUAUUGGAUACUAUGGACAAAAGACAACAAGCAAAAAAUAAAUUUAGUGAUGAAAGAUAUAGAUUAAUAUUUGAAUAUAGGAAGAUAGUAGGCAAUAUUAUGAAACAAUUUUCGGAUGAAAUAGAUAAAUAUGUUUUUAAAAAAAUCGAUGAUGUUGGUAGGAUUGAAGCCGAAAACAAAUGUAUUACCACAAUUAGUCGUCAUGGGCGUCAUCUUCACCAUGCCAUUUGGAAAGCCACUGUCAAGAGAGAUGGAUAUUACAUAGAUUCUAAUGGUUUACCUCAUAACUUUAAUGCAGAUUUGAUUCAUCCGAUUAUAAAAUCAGUGACGAAUAAUUGGUUUAUAGUAUUUAGUGAAAUGCCAAAAAAUUUAGUUGAACAGCUUGACACUCAAGUUAAUGAAGAAAUAACGAGAUUUUUCGAAGCUAUUGAUAAAACGAUAUUAACAAUAUCACCAGAUAAGAAGAAAUAUAUAGAAAAAUUUCAAUUAGAAAUUAAAGACAAUAGGGAAUUACAAAUGAACAAUAUUAAAGAAAAGAUUUUAGAUAAUGAGUAA